AUGCAUGAGCUUUAUAUAGGGGAGAAAAGAGUCACUUGUGUGGCGGUCUCUGAAACGGUGAAUAGAGGCUGUCCACAGGGGUCAAGUCUGGGACCGACUCCAUGGUUGUUAGUGAUGGAAGCAUGGUUCGGGCGAAUUAAUAGCAUGAAAACCAGACAAGGCAUUGGUGCAGUAGGAGUACCAGUGCCGGCCUAUGGGGAUGACCAGCUUGUCAUCAUAGAGGGUAACUCUGGGGAUAGCAUCGAGGAUAGAUGGAAGUUGGUAUGGAGUGAGUAUGAAGCAUGGAAGGAAGAGAUGUGGCUGAGUAAUAAUGAGAGGAAGACGGAGUGCAUGUUCAUACCAACCAGCAAAGAUGAAAGACUCCCGGCACUAAGCAUGCAUGGAAGAAUGAUAGAGCAAAAAACGAGAGUGAGAUACCUCGGAAUUGUGGUGGAUACAGGACUUUUGUUCAUAGACAGUGGACAAAGCGGAGAAUUUGGUGAUCUCCACCCAAGGGCUAUAAACGAAAAGUGGUACAAGAGUGCCGUCCUACAGCAUCAGUACGAUGAAUCUUUCGUCUAUUCCGUACCAUUUGAUGCCGGACAGAUAGACGAUCCGAUGGUGACAGGAAGUUUCGCAAUAUUCCCGUCAGAUGGUGGUUUUGAAGCACCGGGAUCGGUCGUCGGCUUCCAGUUUUCACAAAGAGAUCUUCAAACUCAGUUCAAAAAAGUAUCUAACAAGUUAACGAAUCAAUGCUCGCAUUGCAGCAGAUGUAAUGAUUCUUUAGAUUGUUAUAUAAUAGACAGCUCUGGAUAUAUAAUCGUUUCCGAAAACGAGUGGGACACUGGUAGGUUUUUUGGAGAAAUAGAAGGAGAUAUUUUCGAAUCCAUGGUGGUUGAAGAUAUUUACAGAAACGUAACCCUGUAUGACUACCAAGCUCUCUGCAAAAGAGAUACGGAAAACAGCAGUUCAAGUUCGCCAGAUUUAUUGAUUACGCCUAUGAGAAACAUCCAAACGUUUGUGAACUGGAUAUUAACGAAAAUGCUUUACUUCAUACUUGAAAUGAGUUUCUAUAAACUUCACGAGACAGUGACCUAUGCCCAGGACUUUAUGCAGAACAAUACUGAUGAUAUUGAUGUCGGAGAAGCUGAGGAAUCGGUCCAGUUCAAUAACUCGGCUGAUAACUAUUACGCAUGUGAAACACAGUUAAAUCUAUUCGUACUGAGGCAGGAUAUUUUUAUUGAAGGAUCCUUCAAUGGUGAAGUUGAUUAUAAACGGAACUACUAUGUGAAGAGAAUUCCGAACAGUAAUUUGAUAUUUGUUGCCAUCAACAAUACACUGAUCGAGGAAAAUAAGCGCAUAAUUUCGACAGACCCUGUAGCAAUCACGCUGGAACCAGAAUUUGAGUAUUGGAGUAUAAAUACGACGCUACUACCUUGCCAGAAGUUGAAUUUGAAUAACUUAUCGAGAAGAAGACUUACCGGCUGUUACAACGAACAUCCCUUGGAGCAUGAAAUUAUCGACUGUGGGCGAGCUUCUCUUCUGAGAGAGAAUUUGAUUCUAGUCUUUCUAACAAUGAUUUUUGUAUUACGAAAUUGAAAAAAUAACGAUUAGAAAUACAUGAUUUCAAUAGAAC